GUGGCACAAUACUGUCGUUGCUCGUUCUCAGUUCGAUCUGUGGUCUAAGAUGUCACAUCGGGUCAGGAUGCAGCUUUCGAUUGUGUUUUCAGUUUUCCUCCUUAAUAUUUUCUACAGCUCUGUCUCUUCGUUGUACUUUCACAUCGGAGAAACUGAGAAGAAAUGCUUCAUAGAAGAAAUCCCGGACGAGACCAUGAUUAUCGGUAACUACCGUACUCAGCUGUAUGAUAAGCAGAAAGAAGAAUAUAUGCCGGCAACACAGGGUCUGGGUAUGUUUGUGGAAGUCAAAGACCCUGAUGAUAAGGUGAUUCUGUCUCGGCAGUACGGCUCAGAGGGACGCUUCACCUUUACGUCACACACACCCGGGGAGCAUCAGAUCUGCCUUCACUCCAACUCCUCCAAGUUCUCACUGUUCGCCGGAGGCAUGCUGCGUGUUCAUCUGGACAUCCAGGUGGGCGAACACGCCAACAACUACGCUGAAAUCGCUGCCAAGGACAAACUGACAGAGCUGCAGCUCAGAGUGCGGCAGCUGGUGGAGCAGGUGGACCAGAUCCAGAAGGAGCAGAACUACCAGAGGUACCGUGAGGAGCGUUUCCGUCAGACCAGCGAGAGCACCAACCAGCGCGUCCUCUGGUGGUCCAUAGUGCAGACCCUCAUCCUGGUGGCCAUCGGUAUCUGGCAGAUGAGACACCUCAAGAGUUUCUUCGAGGCGAAAAAACUGGUGUAACUCUUCAAAAGGAGCGUGUGUGUGUUUUUGGUAUCUGCUGACGGAUGCAGUAAAAAAAAAAGCAGCUGCUGUUGGGCAAAGAUCCAGCUGCACCUAGGUUAAACUUGAAAACUUUUUUUUUUUUUUUUGGGGUUUGCUCCCAUCUACAACAAACAUCCAGGACACAUCUCCCCCAAACUACUGGAAGUUUAAUCUUUCAGUCAUGUGCAAGACUGAUGUUUGCACCCUUGCAGUAAUUUAUCGUGUCUCCUUUUUUUUCUCCACUUUGUGUUACUGGCCACUCAAGAUGCUGAUAAACUAAAGUCAGGUUUACACAUCAUGUUAAGCUAUUUUUCUUUGUUUUCCAAUUUGAAUCCUCCUAAAGUCAUUGUGUUCCAUUUUCUCCCGAUUGAAGUAUUUGAGAUUAAAUCAGAUAGCUACUCAUCAGCUUUGGAGAUUUCUCAAUUAAAACAUUGGCGCGCGUCUCUAGCAGACAUAUCUGUGCAAUUAUUUGGCAGCAACUUUACACCUCAAAACUUGAUGAAUGCCACACACUUGUUAGAAAACUUUUAUGAAUUUUAUUUAAAUGUUUUCUUUGUCAAAAUGCCAAAUUUUGGCAAAUUUCUGGCACUCAUUAAGAUUUUUUUUAGUUUUCAUCUUUUAAUAACGUGCCAUCACUUUUGUUGUAAAGGCCAGCGUUGUUUGUCAAUUUCAACAGGACGACUGCCAUGUUAUGAGGGCUGAGUUUAUAACUGCAGUGGUCUGGAUCCCUCUUUAUUACGAAAUAGUACAUAUAAUAUUACAGACAACUGUGCAAGCUUUUUUUAUGUUUUUGAUGGUAAAUGUCAUUUUUUUGUGAAUGCACUGUUUUCAUGAAUCUAGAUCACUUUGCAGUUAAUUAAAGAACCCAAGCUUUCAGUAAAAUUACUCCAACAUGCUUCUUUAUCUUGCUGAAAUUUGAUGUCAGACAAAAUUUGAGUUAUUUGGUAUUUAGCUACAGAAAAAGGAACAAAACACAUAAAGUUCCCUUUUUCUUCUCAAAAACUUGCAUUGCAUAUUACUCAGCUUUGUUGAUUCUAACACCCUCAAAUGUUUUGAUCCUUUUGUUUAAUUUUUACAGUUUUUUGUUCUUUAAAAAUUACUGUAUGUUGUUAGGUUUCAGUUAUCUGGGGAUAUAAAUUCAAACAGUUGGUGGUUUUAUUUUUGCUAGAUGUGGAGCUAUUUUUAUCAGUGCAUCUGAGGUUGCACUAAGAAUAAAUUGUUUUUGUCUCCUUUGGUUUGAACGAUGUUCUGGCUCACUGACACCUUCUAUUUUUCCUUGUAAAUUUUACAUCAACAGCUCAAGUCACUGUUUAGAGUUUUUAUAUUCUGUACCUAUAAUGUAUUUUGAGGGAGAACAUUUUUAAAGCAGAUAAAGAAAUGUGACUGCAAAAAUGAAUAAAACCAUUCAACAGAGA